CAGUUGUGUCACAAGCCAACAUUCUAAGGUGAACUCAGUAGUCUCUUAGAAAUCUCUGAGAGAGCAAGACUGACCUACAAUAGUUCAAACUGCCAUCGCUUGUUGGUAACUUCGUUGAAACUACAGAAGACAAAGAUUACAAAAGGAUCUUCAAAGAAAUUUAAAACUCCUGCCCUCAGAACAAGAGAAGGUAAGUGAGUUCAUGAGUUUAACUCAAGAUGACAUUCUCUAGUUGGGAACUUUGAGAUGUGUGAAUCUCUGAAAGCUUCUCGCAGAAGCAAGGAUCUUGGUGAAAAUGAAUUCAUAGUUGAACAGUUUGGUAAUGAAGUCCCUGAUGAGAUAUCAGUCUGUGAGGUGAUCUAGAAAUACUAAAGAUUUGAUCAAUUGUAAAAACAAAUCUCGUUGUGUAUCACUACAGAGAACAACAGAAGGUAACUGAGCUCAUGAGUUUAACUCAAGAUGACCAAGAACCUUUUCAUGUUUUAGUUUUUAGAGAUUUAUAUUUAGAGAGGUUGUUUUAGUGAGAUUAAUGUGGAUUUAAAAUGUUAGUUAAUGUCACACCCUUAUCAGUUACAGUCAACUGAUAAGUGUGUUUUUAAGAAAUAGUUUACAGAGUUAGAGUUUUUACCAUUCAGGAUUUCUGUGUUAUAAAUGUUCUCUAGUUGGGAACUUUGAGAUGUGUGAAUCUCUGAAAGCUUCUCGCAGAAGCAUGGAACUUGUUGAAAAUGAAUUCAUAGUUGAAGAGUUUGGUAAUAAAGUCUCUGAAAAGAUAUCAGUCUGUGAGGUGAAAUACUAAAGAUUUGACAAAUCGUAAAAACAAAUCUCAAUGUUUGUCACUUCAGAGAACAUCAGGAACAUGACACAUCAGAGUCCAGAGUUUGUUAAACACAGCAGACCAAAGAAAAGAAAAAUAGCUGAAGAUGAGAUCCCUAGAAAAGGGACCAGGGUUUCUGAGGUGGCAGGACCCUCCAACAGCUGCCAGGACCCAAUCAAGAUGGUGAGGAGAGCAAACAGAAAAAAAAACAAAGGAGAAGGACCUUCACCACUAGCCAGGAAGAAAGAGUCAUCUUCCUCCACAGUGGACAUCAUCACAGAGUCCAACAGCUCUAGACCCGAGCUUCACAGUACAGAAACAAGAGAUUUAAGGAAGAGGAAUCUGAAGAGAAAGGCUGAGGACCUUGAAGAACCACUGAGCAAGAAGAAGAAGAAGACGAUGACAGAAAAAGAAAAAGUGGAUUACCAAAGAGCCAACUUCCAAGAAAAAUAUAUUGAGCUUCAUCAACUGGGAGAAGGAGGCUUUGGAUCUGUGUUUGCAGGCUAUCGAGUGAAGGACAAAUUACCUGUAGCUAUCAAACACGUCCAAAUAGACAAGGUGGUUCUCAAACAUGAGGAUGAGAAUGGCAGGGAGAUGGCCUUGGAGCUGGCUGUCAUGCUAAAACUAAGGACUAUGGGUCAGCCCAGCAUGGUGUUUCUGCUGGACUGGUACAAUCUGGAACAGGAGCUGAUAUUAGUGAUGGAGAGGCCCAUGCCUUCUGACGACCUCUCAUGCUAUGUUUUAGAACACAGAGGUCCUCUAAGUGAGAAGGAGGCCAAGAUCAUACUGAAACAACUGGUGGAAGCUGCAAUUCACCUUGAGAAUGCAAACGUCUUCCAUAGGGACAUUAAAGUGGAUAAUAUCUUGAUUGAGACCAGCUCAGAAGGCCCAAGAGCCUAUCUCAUAGACUUCGGUUUAAGCUGCUUUGAUUACCAAAAUCAACAUGAACUUCUCUGUGGUGUUCCUGAAACCAUGCCAUUGGACUGGUUUGUUUGCAACAGCUACACUGCCGGACCUACAACAGUGUGGCAGCUGGGAGUGGUCAUGUUCGAAAUACUCCACAAGAUGCUAUUCAGUACCACCAGCUACCUCUCAAACAAUCUGCAGAUCAACAAAAGACUUUCAAAGAGUAAGCCAAACACUUUUCACAUUUCUCACAGCACAUAUAAAUCUGUUCUGCAUCAUCCUGUUUUACUACUGUGGCUCUUUUCAUCAUUGCUCUUUGCCCUCUGACCCUCCAGAAUGCCAGGAUUUUCUGACAAUGUGUCUGAUGGUUAACCCCAUGGAGCGUCCUACCCUGGAAGAGCUACGGCGUCACCCGUGGUUUUCGUAAACUACACACACACAAACACAUACCCCCACCCCCAACACACACACACAUAAAUACACUCACACAUACAGACAGAAACAUUGCAUACUAAGCGUAGUUUUCUCCAGGUGCUCUGGUUUCCUCCCUUAAAUCAGAAAUGAUCCAUUUAAUAUAGUUGGUGAUUAUUGGCUUUUCUCUGGGUGCUCCGGUUUCCCCUCUAGUUGAAACAAAAUCAGUGAGGUUAAUUGGAGGUUCGUUGGUUUGCUCUGGGUGCUCCGAUUUCCUUUGGUUUCCUCCUUUAAAAAUGAUCAAUUUAUAAUAACUGGUGAUUUUUUUGGUUUUUCUCCAGGUGCUCUGGUUUCCUCCCCUAGUUGAAACAAAUCAGUAAGGUUAAUAAGGUAUUUGUGGCUAUGGUCUGGUUUCAUUUGGUUUCCUCCCCUAGUUUACAAAUCAUCCAUGUUAUAAUAACUGUUUUUUUUUUUGUUUUUUUUUCUCCGGGUGCUCCGGUUUCCCCCUCUAGUUAAGAACUACUGUGUGGUUUUCAUAAACUACACACACACGCACACACACCCACACACACACAGAAACAUAAAUACACACACACAUACAGACACAACCAUUGCAUACUUCACUUUCUACAAAGGGUAAGCGUAGUUUUCUCCAAGUGCUCCAGUUUCCCCUCUAGUUGAAACAAAAACAGUGAAGUCAAUUGGAGGUUCGUAGGCUUGCUCUGGGAGCUCCCGUUUCAUUUGGUUUCCUCCUUUAAAAAUUAUCAAUUUAUAAUAACUGGUGAUUUUUUUGGUUUUCUCCGAGUGCUCCGGUUUUCUCUCUAGUCCAAAAAAACAUCUGUACAUUACUUGAAGAUUUUACAUCAUGCUUGUGUGAUUUUUUAUUUUUUACUGAAAUGGUCUAAAGGGUGCCUUGAUUGUCAAGGAUGUACGCCAUUUCGCACCCAUUGCCCCCUUCUGUGCCACUGAACAGGAAUAAGCUGGUAUAGAAAAUGGAUGAAUGGUUCUUUGUUGGGCCUGCCUUUGCCCGUGUCAUUCGUGCUCUGUUUUUGUGAUGUGUUACCUGUCUAGUCUAGCGUGGAUGAGUGCUAGUUUUAUCAUCCGGUCGUUUUUGAUCUCUGUCUUUUUGGGUCUGGGUUAAUGUGUUUAGAAUGACGGAGUAGAAGGGCCAGACUAGGAGAUGUUUUGUUUUUUUUUAUUACGAGAAUAAAGUCGUAAUUCUUAUGACAAUUCCUACAAAAAUGUGCAGUCUUCUAUGAGCUACAAUUAGAACUGUUUAUCAUUUUGUGAAGUUAUACAUUUGUAUCAGUUUCAGAAAUAAGAACAUUCAUAAUCUUUUAACAUAGUAGCAUCAAAUUAUUACCAGUUUCACAACUUGGAAUCAAUUGCUCGUUUUGUGGAAAAGGAGCUGUCAUUACCUUUUUCUCAUGAUGUUACCACUUUAUUCUCAUAAUUUCAGCAACAAACAAAUCUUGUAGUGCAGCCCUAAUACUCCAUCGUGUUUGCGGAUAGUGAAUGUUGUCUGUAAAUGAUAAAGGUGCGGGUUAAAUUGCUUUGGGGCGGCUUUACAGUCGGGCUGUGGGUGGCUUGCGGGCUGGUUUAGAGUAUCUGGUGGUGCAUCUUUGUCUUUAGUCGUGCUUUGCUUGUUGCAUUCUUUGGGCUGUGUUGCAGAGAUUGUCUCUGUUGGAUUUUGUGGGUCUGUUAGGUUGUAUGUGCUACUGGAUGGGGGCGCUGUGCAUGAUUGAGGCGACUUGUUCAGGAGAUACUAGUUUGCAGCUUCUUGUGGCUUGUGGGUCAUGGUCAUGUUUGAUUUGGGUUUUCUUUGGCCUUGUUUUUCCUUCUGAGCUUCCCACAGUGGGGAGUGCAUCAUGGCUGUUUAGUGUGCUUUUCCAGAAGUGAAAUGUCUUCAGUGUGUCCUAUUUGGCUAUUAAUGGUGUACACUUGGUGUACACAUUCUAACAAAUAUUAUUGCCGAAAAGCUUUUAGUUCCUUUGUCUUGUAGCAAUAUGUCCCAGGGGUCAAACCCUGGGGGUCAAACCCCGGUCAGGGCUUUCAGUGUUUGCAUAAGUUUGCAUGCUCUCUCUCUUCGUGUGUAGGCUUUCUCCAAUUAUUGUCGUUCACCCCCAUUGUCCAAAAUAUAUCUAUGAUAGGCUAAGCUGAGAUUGUACCUGCUGGAUCUGGAACUUCUAUGCACACAAACACACACACACACACACACACACACACACAUUCACACCUCUGACAUCAAUGCAGGCACAAUAUUUAUUUUUUUACCUAUAUGCAUGUGUAUCAAUCAAUGUUAAUGCAUGUAUUUACUCUUUCUGUAUCUGUGCAUAUAUGUGUAUGUAUAUAAGUGUUCAUACAUGAAUAGAAUAUCUAUAUGUAUAAAAAUGUAGGUUUUCUCUUUUGCUUUUGCUUGUUUGUUUUUCUUGCCAGCGUUGUCAGCCAACACCAUCUAGCCAGUGACAAUAAGUGUUUCUACCAACUGUCUCUCCAGGAAAGCAGGUAAACUGAGUUGAAGGUAAUGUGUAUUAUAUAAAGUCCAAACAUGGCAGGCUAAAUAAUGUCACCUGACUUAUUUUAGCAAAAACAUGAAUUUCAAUAAAAACCAAUGCAGCCUUCCCCGGGCAGAGGAAUGAAAUGUCGAUGUGACGUCUGUGGUCAUAAAAUCCUUUGAGUGACUGGUGUUGAACAUUUAAUUAAUCAAUGAUUUUUUCUGAUUCCAGAUCCUCCAGCACCCAGUAUUUGUGUGUUUUUAACUCUUUCCUAUCCUCUCAACCCCCAGCCAGUUGAGGCAGAUGUCUGCCCAUCCUGAGCCUGGUUCUGCUAGAGGUUUGUCCCUGUAAAAGGGGUUUUCCUCUCCACUGUCGCCCUGUGCUUGCUCAGGGUGGGAAUUUGCAUCAAAGCAAAGAUUUGAUGCAAUCUGCUGGUUUCCU